AUGCUCACCAGUUGCUCCCUUUUCCAGAUUAAGCAGCUUAUCAUGGAGGAAACAGACACGGAUACCCUACGUAAGCUUGCACCAUGUUGGAGCCUGGCCGGAGACGAGAGGCUUCUCACCAUACUACAGAACACACACCAGAGAUUGAUAACCAAAUGCCAGGCAGCAAACUCACAGUUGGAGCAAAUGGCGACGGCCCUGGAUGAUGCCAACAUAAGCUUGCAGAACGUCAACAAUCAAUUUAUGGCUUUAAGCAGUAGUCAGUUCGUUGAGAGGCGAGUAUAUGAUGAUGACGUAGAUGUAGCAGCGGAACCUCCAGCAGCAAAGGAACCACCAAAACUGUCACCACCAGACGAGCUCUCGAUCCUGAAACGGAGCAUAGCGGUGAUCGAAAAGACGCACGAAGUAAUUACCAUUCUGCAGGACAGUGAUACCGAGUCUGAUACUGAUGAUGAGAUGCCUGACAGAUUGGUGAUGAAACCGAAGGACAUGUACGCAGAUCGCCCUCUCCCUUACAUCAUAGGAUCAGAGCCAUGGAAAAACAAGUGGCAUGCAGGACUGGUGCCUGAAGACAGCGACACAGACAGUUCCACGUCGAAGGUAGACCGGGAGUCCGACCAGUACUCGCAGUCGGAGCCCGAGGACUUUGAUCUGGUGAACAGCUCCAAGGUGCAGGAUAUACCUGCUCCUCGACGUGUGAGAAAAUUGUCGGAGACCAGCUCGGAUGUACCCUCAGAGACAACCCCUAACACGAAGCCGACGCCGUCAGACGUCGCCAGUGAGAUCGCCAGGCGGUUAGGGGGUGGAGAACUUCCUCCGAGGGUGGUGGAACAGGAGCCUGAAGACGAGGAACCCCCCAAGCCAGCCGUCAGGAAGGUGUACAAGCCACAAGAACCAGUUGCCAGUACGAUAUUCCCGGACGAGCCACCCCCCCUGGAGUACCAGACCGACUCCGACACGGAUAUCUUCGCGGAUCUGCACCGCAAGCAGCCGUACAACCAGCCCUACUCCAGACAGUACGUCUCCGACCAGCUGUUCGGCGGGAACGAGACGGACAGCGAAGAGGGUGGGGAUAUAUUCAGUGAUUUUGCCAACCAACCAGCUACUAAACCGGUAUCCCUCUUCGAAGCCGGCCCCACGCCCCACAUGUUCGAUAAACAACGUGGCGUUGAUGUACCGGGGGUAGGCAGGACACUACAGAAGAACACAGAAACACUGGGCAGAAGUGUUGAACAACCGAAUGCUGGUGCCACUGUUGAUGUAAAAAGCGUGAAGAAACCAGUUGGAGGUAUAUCUCUAUUCGGCUCAAAUAAAGGCGCUGAAAACAUAGGCGCCGCCAUAUUGAAACGGAACCGCAGCAAAUCAUACACAUCCAGUGAAGAAAGCGGAACUGAAACACCAUCAAAAACAUCACCAAUAAGGGGCGAAAAAGAACAACAAGCAAAAAAAGAGAAAGAUAUAUUCGAUGAUCUGUUCCCUAAAACAGAAUCCAAAAAAGUUAUGCCAAAGAGAAAUAACGUUGAAAAAGAUAUUAAACAAGAGAUCCAGAAACAAAAGGAGGAUAAACAGAAAAAAGAUACGCCUAAACCAAUUGAUUUGUUUAGUGAUAAUCUUUUUGAUGAUAUUGAUGAUAUAUUCACAACUAGUGUUGUAAAAGAAUCAAAAGAUAAAAAUAAAUCUAUAUUUGAAGGUGAUGAUGAUCUGUUUGCUGAAGUUGCUGAUAAAAACUCUACUGUACAUCAAAACCCUAAGAAUACAUUAGAUGAUAAGAAAGGGUUAUUUGAUAGCGAUGAUGAUUUGUUUUCAGAAAAUGUUCCAAAAAAUAAGCCUAGUAUUUAUAAUGAACCACAAAAGGGCGCUGAAAUUAGAACUAACCCCAUUAAAGUUAAUGAACCUAGGACAGUUAGUGAAAUAUCUAGUAAAAAUGAUGAAGAAGCAGCUACAAAUGCAACUAUGCCUGAUAUUAUCAAAGGAAAAGCCAGUAUUUUUGAUGAUGAUGAGAACGAUAUAUUUAGUAACGUUAAAAGUAAUAAGAAUAAUUCUAAAGCUGAAUAUAGUUCAAGUAAAGGUGCUGUAGCUAAAAAUAUUGAUACCUCUAAAAGUAUCUUCAAAAGUCCAUCACUUUUCGAUGAUGAUGACGAUGAAGGAAAUUUAUUUACUGAUCCUAAUAAAACUCAAAAGAAUAUACAAAAUGAUGCAACUGAAAAAGUGUUUAUUACUUCAAUCGUAAAACCUGAAAAUGUUGUUAAUGUAAUUAAAAAAGAUACAGACGAUGAAUUGUCUGUUGAGACAUUUAAUAAACCAGAAUUUGGAGAAGAUGAAUUCUACAAAAAUAAUCUUCUAGUCGCUAAUAAAAUUUUAGAUGAAACACCAAGUAAAAAUAAAACUGAAAUUACUGACAGUAAUUCUGUAAUAUCAGAUGAUAUCAAAAAUGAUAGAAAAGAAAUAGAUAAUGAUGAUAUAUUUAAACAAAAUGAUUUAAUCAAGACUGAUGUAUUUAAAGAACCAAAAACUAUUACUAAUGUUGUAGCUAAAGAUACCCUUAAAGAGACAGAAGACACCACUACCGAAAGAAAUGGCAGAUUUGAAGAUAAUGAUUUUCUUCCUAAUGUCAUUGAAAAUUCAAAGUUGGUAUGUACAACUAAUUUAAAUAUUCAUUCAGAAACUACAGAAGCUCAAAACCUAUUCGUUGAUACUGCAUCAAAUAAUAAUUUUAACCAAGAGGAAUUUAAUGAUGAAUGUAUAGAAGAAACGAAAACUGAAAUUUCUAAGAACAAUAUAACUGAAAUAACAAGUAAAGAACUUGAUCCAGACAAACCAAAUAUCAACAUUCAUGAUACAUUAAAAAAUUUACACACAUUUGAUAAUAGCUCAUUAGGAAAGGAUAUUUUCGCAACACCUAAUAAUAUUUCUAGCUUUGAAGAAGCAACUAUAAGCAGUAUAGAAAAACUUGAAGAUGUAAAUAAAAUCCCUAACGCAGAUAUUUUUAGUGAUAUCAUAUCUGAACCACCAGAUUUUGAGAAACCGAAAGAACCUAAGAAGAGCAAAAACGUAAAUGCUCUAUUCGAUGAUGAUUCUGAUGAUGAAACGUUAUUUUUCAAGAGAGAUGACGUCAUCGUAGACGAGAAACCGGAAGAUUUUACCGCCAAGCAAGAUAGAUUAUUUGACAUGUUCACUAGUGAACCGCCAGAUGAAGAUUUCACUAAUAUCAAUGAUGGUUUAGAUGAUGAUUUGUUUAGUACAUUGCCUAAACCCAAACUUCCUCAUGAACACAUAGCAGCAAGUAACAUUAUUGCUGAUGAUGAAUAUAAUAAACCUACUCUGAAUGAUAUACCAAAUGUCAGUGACGACAUCAGAACUGAAGCUCCCCCAAAUAUAUUCAAUCUAAAAGAAAAUAAUGAAGACUUAGUUCUUGGUAAUUCAGAAAUCAUUAAAUCAGGGCCCUCUAACGAAGCAGCUAGUAUAUUUAAUGACAAUAAUAACAUGUCCAAACAACCUGAAAGUUUAAUAAGGAAUAGGUCAGAAAAGCUAUUAACUGAUGACUAUGAUGAUGAUGAUGAAUUGUUUAAAUCGUUACCUAUACAGCUACCAGGACCUAAUGUAGAUUCCAAAUCUAGAAAUUAUGACAAUCCUGAUGAAUCGUUUAUGUCUCUGCCCUCUAAUUUAGAUGGAGAAAUAUCUAAUGAAUUUCGUAAACCACCAUUAAAUUUCAAACUACCCACAGAGCCAUCAGAUUCAAACUCUAGAUCUGAAGUAAAAAAAGUUGGCAAAUUAAAGUUAGGCCUUAAUAUAAAUGUUAAUGCCUUAUUGCCCGGGGCUUCACCUAAAAAGAUAAAACCAGUCGACAAUAUAGAUGGACAGACUCAAAGUCAAGUUGAAAUUCAAAAGGCCGAACCGAUCAUCUUUGAUGGGGAACCCGAAGCAAAAAUUCUUGACAAUAAACUGUCUAAAGAAAGACCUAGAAUUCCAGUAAAGAGGAGACCAUCUACUCGGAAAGCUAGAAAAGAGGCAGUCAGAAAAUCUGGUAUAGAUUUUGGUGAUGAUUCUACUGAUAAUUCUAGUUCUUUAGAUGAUGCUCCUAAAAAAGAAAUACGACCUGAUGUUAAAAUAACUGAUAAAAUAAGUGACCAUGUCAUCGAACAGCCUACCAAAGAAGAUAUAAGUAGCGAAGAUAAAUACGAAGAAAAGCAAAAAGUUGAACUUGAAAACACAGAAUCUGAGAAUUUGAAUGUUGAAAAUGAAAACCCUAUUGAUAUAUCUGUUGAAAAUAAAAACAAGACAGAUAUUUUAGACAAUCAAACUAAAAUUGAAAGUGAUAGUAGACCGCCUGUAAAAUCCGAUAGUACAACUAAAAUUGUGUACAUACUAAACGAUGAAGAUAUUUUUAAUACUACUAAUAUAGAAGACCCCUUAAAUAAAAUGAAUUUAUCUACUAAUCAAAGCAAAGAACAAGAUCCAAAAAAUAGCGAGUUAAGUUCAGAACAGAACUUAAGUUCAGUUAUCACUGACAGCAAUUUGAUUUCAAACAUGAAUUCGGAACCAGGUAUUAAAACUCUUGGAAAAGCUUAUCAAUCUAUAAAAAGUAAUGAAAAUAAAAAAUCCAAAUCACUGUUCGGUGAAGAUGAAGAGUCGGAUGAUGAAGAAAUAUUUAAAAAUAAAACAACAGUAGUUAAAAGUACUAUAUUUGAUUCUGAUAGCGAAGGAGAGCUUUUUGGAACUGCUAAGAAAAUUGAGACUGUACAAAAUGUAGAGAAAGUAGUAAAAGAAGUGAAACGACCUCUAUUCGGUGAUGAUGACGAUGAUGAUCUGUUUGGGGUGAAAACUAGCAAGCCAGCCGAAUCGCAGCAGUCUACAAAGUCUUCGACUGUCAAAGAAACUUCAAAACUAACAGAACCCGUAUUCGAAGACCCGCUCUCAAUGUUUGGCGAUGAAGAUUAG